AUGAGGGGCCCCAGGGGGGCCCCCAGGGUUUGGGGGCCCCCCCUGGGGGCCCCCCUUGGGUGCAGCAGGGGACUGCAGGGGGGCCCCCCACGCGCCUGGGGUGGGGCAGAAGGGCUGCUGCUGCGGCUGCGCGCUGCUGCUGCUGCUGCUGCUGCUGUUGCUGCUGUUGCUGCUGUUGCUGCUGCUCGCGUGAAGGCGACGCACCGCUGCUGCUGCUGCUGCUGCUGCGGCGGCGGGCCGAUUCUCCGGGACUGGGAGCUCUCAAACAGCAGCAGCAGCAGCAGCAGCAGCAGCAGCAGCAGCGACGGGAGUGGCGGCGAAGCAGCAGAGCCAGUGGGCCUUCCUCGCAUUAUACCCGAGCAGCAGCAGCAGCAGCAGCAGCAGCAGCAGCAGCAGCAGCAGCAGCGGGGCCGACAGCAACUAGGGGGGCUGGGGCGGCGGCAUUUUGAGCCUCUGGAGUCAAUUGAAGCGGCGAAUUGA